AUGUCUGAAAGCAAAACUCGUUCGACGAGGUCGCCUCGUCUAGAUCCGGACCCGGACACGAACAGCAACAUUGGCACAUCUACUUGUGCCAGUCCGAGUAGCCCGAACAUGAACCGUAGCACAGAUGUUGAGGCCGUUUACGCAUUGAAUACUCCUAAUCGGAGAAAGAGAGGUCGUUCAACUUCUGGAGAACGUCCUCACAAAUAUCAUAAACCUGCCUCAGCUUCAGACGAAAACAGCGAUACCGGAGUAUCCACUGUCGUCGGACCUAGUACCCCGAAAUCGAAGUCUAGCACUGCCCUUGAAGACGUCCAUGAAGCGAAUAGUCGUGUGAGAAGGGAAACACGACGUUCAACUUUUGGAGAAUGUCCUGACGACUCUCGUAGACCUGCCUCAGCUCCAAACAACGACGCCAGCACAUCCACUGUUGCCGGUUCCAGGACCCGGCGGGACUUGGACCCCAGCGCUGGUCAUUUCGAUGCAGUCUAUGAAGCGAAUAUUCGUUUGGGAAGGAAAAGAAACCGAUCACCUUCUGGAGAACGUCCUCAGAACUGGCCUAAACCUGCGCCAGCUCCAGAUGUAAAUAGCGAUAUCGGACCAUCCACUGUCACCAAUCCCGGUACCCCGAAAUCGAAGACCAGCUCUACUUUUGAUGUAGUCUCCGAAUCGAAUAUUCGUUCAACUUCUGGAGAACUUCAUGUUGAGCACCGUGGGAUCAAUAGGCCUACAACAGAUACAACCGCGGCCAGCGUUCAUGAAGAAAACGACGAUGAAGGAGACAUACAAGCUUCAGAUGUUGCGAACGCCAAUCUGUCGACUGCACCCGCCGACAUAGUUUAUGAGAUCUGCGGGUGGGGGACGCCAGGAGAGAUGUUGAGCCUUGCUCGCACCUGUAAACGCGUGCGCGACAUCCUCAUGUCGCGUUCGAGUGUGACUAUUUGGAAAAAUGCGAGGCAACAAGUAUCGCCUCCUAUCCCAGAUCCGCCUGCCUGUGUCUCUGAGCCCUUGUGGGCGUCUCUGGCCUACGAUGAAAUCUGUUCUAACUGUGGCCGAACAACCCGUGAAAAUCCUUGCUGGGCAUUUUUAUCACGCUUAUGUGCAAAGUGCCGGCGCACAUGCCUCAUCGCUCAGGAAGAUUAUGGGACGAAUAAAAGUAACACUGAGAAUAUUGUAUGGGAUUUAAUCGUACACAGUCGCCAGAUAUCGGCUUCUAGGACCAUAAUGUGUGUUAGAGACCAAGACUUGUACCAGCCCAAAGAGCUAGACAAGACUACCGCCCUCCUCUUCCAAUACACACAAGAUGUCAUGACGAGGAGGAGAGGAUCGAACGGUGCCUUAGAGCGGUUUAUCAGCGAGAGGCAAAAGGCCGUUGAGCUCAUGAAUGAAAUGGAUGAUCGCAUGAGAAAGUGGUUUAUGCAAUUUUACGAGCUUCGGUAUGCCAGACUCAAAACCAUACAAUCUCACUUUGAAGGCGAAGGCUUCCACUCUUGGGAGUUCCUUACCGAUGAAUUUCAAGACAUCGAAUGUGUGAGAUCAGUAGAGCCUCUAACGGAUGAAGAGUGGUACAGUAUUCGGCCGAAGCUUAGCUUUCACCUGAUCAACGCUCGGUACCAGCGAGAAGCGGCUCAAGCUCAGGCCCUGAAAAAGGCCGGGGCCAAAACCCGAUAG